AUGGAAGUGGAGAAGGAAAACAUUGCAUCGAAUAUUACUGCAGAACCGUCUUUACCUGCCUCUGAUGAUCAAGAUCCUGUUUCUGUUAAUGCAUCUCUACCCCAUUCAAUACAACCUACAAUUCCACCGGUUAUUGCACCUUCUGUUGUGCCUCCUUUAGCACCGAUUCCUGCAAUUCCUCCCCCUCGGCCACUGGCACCACUUCCAGUUCGGCCACCAGUCAUUAGACCACCUUUGCCACAAAAUGGUGAGGUUGGAUCAAGUGACUCUGACUCAGACAAUGAUGACUCAAAAGCAAGAAUUAACCAGGGGACUGGGGAGUAUGAGAUAUCUGAAGAGAGUAGACUGGUGAGAGAGCGACAGGAAAAGGCAAUGCAAGAACUCAUGAUGAAGAGGCGUGCUGCUGCUCUUGCUGUUCCUACAAAUGAUAUGGCUGUGCGAGCUCGGCUUCGGCAUCUUGGUGAGCCAAUAACUCUGUUUGGUGAGAGAGAGAUGGAGAGACGGGACAGGUUGCGGAUGAUCAUGGCAAAGCUAGAUGCUGAUGGUCAGCUGGAGAAGCUGAUGAAAGCUCACGAGGAUGAAGAGGCUGCAGCUUCUGCUCCAAAAGAUGAGACUGAGGAAGAAUUGCAGUAUCCUUUUUACACUGAAGGGUCAAAGGCUCUGCUGGAUGCAAGAAUUUAUAUCACUAAAUAUUCUUUGGCAAGGGCAGCAUUACGGAUUCAACGUGCACAAAGAAGAAGGGAUGAUCCAGAUGAAGAUAUGGAUGCAGAGAUGGAUUGGGCAUUGACGCAGGCUGGAAAUUUGAGUCUUGAAUUCAGUGAAAUUGGAGAUGAUCGACCACUUUCAGGUUGCUCCUUUUCAAGGGAUGGAAAAUGGCUUGCUACCUGUUCCCUGACUGGAGCUUCCAAGUUGUGGAGCAUGCCCAGAAUAAUAAAGCAUUCCACCUUGAAGGGGCACACAGAGCGUGCAACAGAUGUUGCUUAUUCUCCUGUUCAUGAUCAUUUAGCAACUGCCUCUGCUGAUCGAACAGCAAAGUAUUGGAAUCAAGGAUCACUUUUGAAGACAUUCGAAGGUCAUCUAGACCGUCUUGCACGCAUUGCCUUCCAUCCAUCAGGGAAGUACGUAGGCACUGCUAGUUUUGACAAGACAUGGAGAUUAUGGGACAUAGAAACAGGGGAGGAGUUGCUUCUUCAAGAAGGCCAUAGUAGAAGUGUAUAUGGUUUGGCUUUCCACCGUGAUGGAUCAUUAGCUGCAUCUUGUGGAUUAGACUCUCUGGCUCGUGUUUGGGACCUCCGAACUGGGAGAAGUAUUCUUGCACUGGAAGGUCAUGUUAAGCCGGUUCUUGGUAUCAGUUUUUCACCUAAUGGAUAUCAUCUAGCCACCGGUGGUGAAGACAACACUUGUCGGAUUUGGGAUUUGAGGAAGAAGAAAUCCUUUUAUACUAUUCCUGCUCACUCUAAUUUAAUAUCACAAGUUAAAUUUGAGCCACAAGAAGGUUACUUUUUGGUAACUGCCUCAUAUGACAUGACUGCUAAGGUUUGGUCAGGCCGUGACUUUAAGCCUGUGAAGACACUAUCUGGGCAUGAAGCAAAAGUAACCUCUGUGGAUGUUCUUGGAGAUGGUGGCCACAUUGUUACUGUCUCCCAUGAUCGCACCAUAAAACUGUGGUCCAGCAAUACGACUAACGAACAAACUAUGGAUGUUGACUAA